GUUCUUCUCCUCACUGAUCUCUUGUGUGCACUCUCACUCACAUUUCCUCUUAAACAUAAUAUAGUCACAAUGCAAGAAUCCUUCAUCUUCACCACUAUUCUGGUAUUAGUUACCUUCUAUUCCACCUCCACUUCAGCACAAUCUACACCAGUUCAGGCUCCGGCGGCCACGCCACCUGCAACUCCGCCCACCGCGGCGGCACCUGGACUCAAUACGGGUCCCUUGAUACCUGCUUCACCCAAUGGUGCCCCCACACCUGCCAUCCCCAAACGUCCUUCAAUUGACAUCGUUCAAAUUCUGGGGAAGGCAAAGAGAUUCUCUGUUCUUAUUAGGCUGAUGAAGACAACACAACUCAUCAACCAACUUAACUCACAGCUCAUGACCUCGGGCUCCGGUGGCCUCACCAUUUUCGCCCCUGAAGACAGUGCAUUCUCCAAACUCAAACCAGGGUUUUUGAACUCCCUCAAUGACAGGCAAAAGGUCGAGCUUCUUCAGUUCCACACCAUCUCUUCCUUCAUCUCCAUCUCCAACUUUGAUACCCUCACCAACCCCGUUCAGACUCAGGCCGGCGAUGACUCCAGAAGGCUCCAACUCAACGUCACAACUUACGGCGGCAACCAAGUGAGCAUGACCACCGGUGCCGUUAACGCCACAGUGACCGGCACUGUGUACACAGACAACAAGCUCGCCGUAUAUCAAGUGGACAAGGUUCUUCUUCCACUAGAUUUUGUGCUUCCUAAGGCUCCAGCACCUUCGCCCGCGGUGGCAACGAAGGCAGAUUCGCCUAAACCUGAUAACACCAAGUCGGGCGGGUCUGCAAAUGAGAGUGAAGAUGGUGAUGAUAACGCCAACAAUAAGGCCAACACUGUGGAAUCCUCUGCAGGUUCUGUGAGUUUCCACGCGGAGAUGGUACCUCUUGUUCUUGGGAUUGCGUUUCUGGGCGGAGCCAUGAUAUGAGAAUGAAAGCUGAUUCAAGAAUUCGAUCUUUUUUUUUUUUUUUUUGCUAUUUGGUUGUUACUGUGUUGCAUUUAUUUUAUGUCUCGCUUUCAUUUUGAUAAGUUGAAGUUAUAUUUUGAUUUGUUAUUUAUUAUUUGUUAUCAAAUAAUUAAAUUUGGUUGUACUUGGAAAUACCAGAACUUAGUGGGCUUGUUGUCCUCCU